AUGGUUAGAUUGCCAGAGAAGUAUGACUUGGAAAGAACAAAAAAUAUUUUGGAUGGCAGUAUUCGGUUCUGCAAGUUUGAAUUAGAAUACCAGUCCAGUGCAACUACCAUGUCUAGUGAGUCCCCAAUUGAACCAUUCGAUUUGGAGAAUGAUAUCCAUGACUUGCAGGAAAAGAAUAUAGUCAAAUUUCCACAGAAUAUUAAUUUAUUUAAUUUCUUCGAAUAUUCCAUGUUCCCUACUUUGGUAUAUACUUUGAACUACCCACGUACACGCAGGAUCAGAUGGCAGUAUGUUUUGGAAAAGACUUGCGGCGUCUUUGGUAUUAUAUUUCUCAUGAUUCUAGUGGCCCAGAACUGGAUGUAUCCGAUUAUCCAACGUGCGAUAGCCUUACAAGAUAUGCCUACUGCAGAUAAAUGGAAAGGAUGUAUGUUCAUUUUACUUGAUAUGAUUCCUCCCUUUCUCAUGGAAUAUCUUUUUACUUUCUUUUUGAUUUGGGAUGCAAUUCUAAAUGUUAUUGCUGAGUUGAGUAGAUUUGCAGAUAGAGAUUUCUAUGGACCAUGGUGGUCAUGUUCCGACUGGUCAGAAUAUGCUAGAAUUUGGAAUCGUCCUGUUCAUAAAUUCUUACUCCGACAUGUCUAUCAUUCGUCGAUAAGUGUACUCAAGCUUAACAAUCUGAAAGCCAUAUUAGGCACUUUUAUUUUGUCCAGUUUAGUACACGAGUUGAUUAUGUUUGUUAUCUUUAACAGAUUGAGGGGUUAUUUAUUAGUGAUGCAAAUGUCUCAGCUUCCUCUAGUUGCUCUUUGUAACACGAAAUUUAUGAAGAAUAGAAAAGUAUUGGGUAACGUUAUGUGCUGGUUCGGAUUCAUUUCGGUACCGAGCAUGAUUUGCACUUUUUAUUUAAUAUUUUAA